CAGUGUAGAAAGUGCAAACAAAACGAAUAGACGUAUGUAGGUGUAGUACAAUAAUCGUAGUAAACAUAACUUUGAUAUUGUCAACAUGAAUUUGGAAUUAUUAGAAUCAUUUGGGCAAAAUUAUCCAGAGGAAUUUGAUGGUACAUUAGAUUGUAUAUCUCUUGCUGUAACAUGUACAUUUAAUAAGAGAGGAACACUACUUGCCGUUGGAUGCAAUGAUGGAAGAAUUGUAAUCUGGGAUUUUUUAACUCGUGGUAUAGCUAAAAUUAUUAGUGCUCAUGUUCAUCCUGUUUGUUCGUUGAGUUGGUCUAGAAAUGGUCAUAAGUUGUUAAGUGCUUCUACAGAUAAUAAUGUAUGUAUAUGGGAUGUUCUAUCGGGAGAAUGUGAUCAGAAAUAUAGAUUUCCUUCUCCGAUACUAAAAGUGCAGUUUCAUCCUAGAAAUCUCAACAAAUUUCUGGUAUGUCCAAUGCGACAUGCUGCUGUUAUGGUCGAUGUUGAAGGAACACAUAGAGUUAUACCGCUUGAUGAAGAUAGUGAUUUAAACAUAGUAGCGUCAUUUGAUAGACGCGGGGAUUAUGUAUACACAGGGAAUGCUCGUGGUAGAAUUUUAGUUUUAGAUGCUGAGACAUUAACUGUGAAAGCUUCUUACAAAAUAACACAGGGUACAGCUAGUAAUACAGCAGUGAAGAGUAUAGAAUUUGCGCGACGAGGCUCCUGUUUUUUAGUAAAUACAUCUGAUAGAGUAAUACGUGUAUAUGACAGUACAGAAAUAUUGGCAUGUGGCAAGGAUGGUGAACCUGAGCCAAUUCAAAAAUUGCAAGAUCUUGUAAAUAAAACCAUGUGGAAAAAAUGUUGCUUUUCGGGUGAUGGAGAAUAUGUAUGUGCUGGAUCAGCGAGACAACAUGCAUUGUAUGUGUGGGAGAAAAGUAUUGGAAAUUUGGUGAAAAUUUUACACGGAACUAAGGGCGAGCUUUUACUCGAUGUUGUGUGGCAUCCAGUGAGACCAAUAAUUGCAUCCAUAUCAUCAGGUGUAGUUUCUAUUUGGGCACAAAACCAGGUGGAGAAUUGGUCUGCGUUUGCACCAGAUUUCAAAGAAUUAGAUGAAAAUGUUGAAUACGAGGAAAGGGAAAGCGAAUUUGAUUUGAGUGAUGAAGAUAAGUCUGUGGUACAGGGAGAAGAGGCACAGGAUGAAGAAAUAGAAGUUGAUGUAGCAUCAAUUGACAGAGUUGCUGCAUUUUGUAGCUCUGAUGAGGAAACUGAAGAUAUUGGUUCUCUUCAAUUUCUACCUAUAUCCCCAGAUGUGGAAGAUUCUGAAGACAAUCAAGUGACAUCACAUGAAGUGCCAAUAAAGAAACAUCGUUCGCAUGAUAUAGAUUUACAGGGGGCACCAAUUGAUGAAACUCAUCCUUUGUUAAAUAAAGGAAAGGAUAAACCAACCACAAAAAAAGGAAGGCCACGAUUAGAACAUAAAAAAGGAAAAUAAUUUAAUAUAUAAAAUAUCGAUAACAAUUAAAAAUUAAAUAUAACAAAAAAUAUUUAGGAGAUUGUUUUGACGAAAUGUAAACAAAUUGUAUAACAAAUGUGAAAUUGAUUACAAAUGAAUCAAUGAAUAUAUGUGCAAAUAUAAUUUAUAUAA